AUGGGCUCCGUCUGCGGCAAGGAGGACAAGGGGGACAACUUCACCUCCCCCGGCCGCCCCCUCGGCACAGCGCCCCCGCCCCAGCCAAAGACCGCACCCAUCCCCGCCAGAGUCGGCGGUCCCCCGCGAACCCUCGGCGGCGGCAGCAGCGGCGGCGCGUCCGGACAACAGUCCGCCGACGCGGCCGAAGCGCGGCGCAAGGCCGCAGAAGCAGCAGAGAAUCUACGACAGGCCCGAGCAAAAGCUGCGAGCAAGUCGACAGGCAAACUGUCCUCGCAACUCAAUGCGCAAAAGAAGCAGACCCAGGCCGACCUGCUCAAGGACGCCAGCGCCCAGCAGCUGAGACAGCGGGACGCCGAUGCCGCCGCGGAGGCGAGGACGUACAACUAG